AUGAUAAUCUAAAAUUGGAGUUUUCUCAAUAGUAAACAAAAUUAGAAUAACAACAAAUCUUUGAAAACAUACAAAUAUCAUUAAAAGACUACAAAAAUCUGGAGAUAAUAAAAUAUUCCUAUUGCAUAGAAUCCUAGUCAACUUGAAAGCUCUCAUGAAAGCACUAUAAUAUUUGAAUAAGAAUUCAAAAAGCAUGAAAUGGCAUAAAAUAUGAUUUUCGAUAAUAUUAUUGCUCCAAAUAAGUUUAUGCUAUACAAUCUUAACAUCUAGAAAAAAUUAGAAUGA